ACAUCGAUGAGUGCAAUAUAAUGCAUGGGGUCUGUGGAGAUGGUAAAUGUAUCAAUACACCAGGAAAUUUUGAAUGCGAAUGCAAAGAGGGAUAUGAAAGUUCAACCCUCGUACAAGUUUGCACUGAUAUAAAUGAAUGUGAAAGAACUCCUGGUCUCUGCCGCGGUGGCAUGUGUCGGAACACUCCUGGAAGUUUUUAUUGCCAGUGUCCUCCAGGACAUGAACUAUCGCCCGAUAAACUGUCGUGCAAAGAUAUUGAUGAAUGUUCACGUUCAAGUGGAAUCUGCUCUAAUGGCGUUUGUGAAAACAUGAUGGGAACUUACCAGUGCAUUUGCAAUGACGGUUUCCAACAAGCUGACAUGAAAUCUCAUUGUGAAG